CUCACCUCUGCCACACUUCUUCUCAGUAUAUUGGACUAUCUUGGUCGUCAAGAUGCAGCUCUCUCGCCUUCUUGCGCUCCUUGGAGCCGCAGGUAUCACCUUCGCCCUCCCCACCUCCAACCUUGAAGAGGUCGAGGCGUCCUCUCAGGACCUAGACAAGCGCUUCUACUACACUCACUAUGUGGCCCCCGAGAAGCGUGACGAGGAGGCCCUUGACAAGCGCUUCUACUACACUGCCUACACUGCUCCCGAGAAACGUGACGAGGAGGCCUUUGACAAGCGCUUCUACUACACUCAUUAUGUGGCCCCCGAGAAGCGUGAUGAGGAGGCCCUUGACAGGCGCUUCUACUACACUCAUUAUGUGGCCCCCGAGAAGCGUGAUGAGGACGCCCUCGACAAGCGCUUCUACUACACUGCCUACACUGCCCCCGAGAAGCGCGAGGCGGAAGACGAGGCCCUCGAUAAGCGCUUCUACUACACUGCCUACACUGCCCCCGAGAAGCGCGAGGCGGAAGACGAGGCCCUCGAUAAGCGCUUCUACUACACUGCCUACACUGCUCCCGAGAAGCGUGACGAGGACGCUCUCGACAAGCGCUUCUACUACACUCAUUAUGUGGCCCCCGAGAAGCGUGACGAGGACGCCCUCGACAAGCGCUUCUACUACACUGCCUACACUGCCCCCGAGAAGCGCGAGGCGGAAGACGAGGCCCUCGACAAGCGCUUCUACUACACUGCCUACACCGCCCCUGAGAAGCGUGAUGGAGAAGCUGCCAACAAUGAAUCCUAACUUCAAUAGUCCCCCUUUGGGUGAGGUAAAUCCUCGCUUUUGGAGGAUAGGGUCUGAUAUCGACAAGACAGGCCUGGAUAGCAGAAGACGACUCCAGCUCUAGUACUGAUUGCAACCGGGCACUUGACUGUCUGUGCUUUUGAUGUGAUUUUCUUCAGUUAUCGAACACUUUGCUUCAACGCGUUUUGCACAAGUUCACUAGCUUGAAUUCCUUGAGUUUACUUCUCAGCAAAGAUGCAGGC